GCAGGCAGUGCAGUACUGCUCAGCUGAGGCCGGAAGGAGCUUUGACAUCGGGCCAGCCCUGACAUCCCUCAGCACUUUCAGUUUCUCGGGAAGUGACAGAACAAAGACCUUACGAAGCCAUCACGGGUGGUUUACGAAGCCACCAUGGCCGAGCAGCAGCCCUCGGCUGAGGAUCCGGGCGAGUUCCAGAUCUUUGUUGCCACUUUGUUCGGCGAACUGUUCACACUGUCGGUGUCUCCACAUGAAACCGUGCAGGAAAUCCUUGACAAGCUGAAUGCCCAGGACUCCAGGUUAAGACUGAGGUGGCUGUUGUACAAUGACAAGGUGCUGGAGGGCGGGAAGACCCUGCACGACUAUGGAAUCCCCUCCAAACCAUCUGUGCACCGUGGGUCAAAGGUUCGACGUGCUGUCAGUGAAUACCAAUAUAAACCUGGAGGUAUAGACUUACGCUUAGCCCUAUGGUGUCUGGAUGUCUCUGGCAGCACCAGUGAGGUCUGGAAAAUUGCAGAGGCACUGUCAUCUUCAGAGGAGACACGCGUCUCGGGAGUGUCUCCUCCCAUACUCCAUGCGCUGAAGAACUCUGGCUUUCUGUGUGUGGGCUUACCACAGCAGAGAAACUGCUGGGCCUGCCAAGAUCAGGAUUUUCCAGAAGUGAUACCAACAAUAACCCAGGAGUCUUCGGAGCACAACCCCGUGUACCGAGCUGAGCUCCCUGGUGAAGGUGUCUACCAGUGCUCCAUCACAGGCCUCGCCUUUGAGGUGAAGUCAGCAGUGACCAUCACCUACAGUUAUGCCAGCUGGACCACGCACCUGAGCGAGGUACAGCAGCUGCAGGGACCUAGGUCUUCCAAGCCAUUAUUCCUCAGUCUGUGUCCCCCCCGGACAUCUCCAGCUCCUUGGAGACCUCUCUCCAGUCAAGGACAAAUUCUCUCUUCCCUCCAAGAAUGUACAGAUACCGGACCGUGCCUCAUUGCCCAUUUUAAAUCUGGGAAGAUGACCUUGGAGAAACCAACCUUGCUGAUCCCUUUCUAUGCUGUCCUAGAGAAUCCCAGCUUCUCACUGCUUGGGGUGCUCUGGAGGACGGUGUUUUCAAGCUCCAGUUCUGUGCCUGUGCACUCCCUGGUGCUGAUCUUCCAGCAGCUCAGUGCUGCAAACACGACUCUUCACCUCUACCUCAUCCCAGACGACAAAUCUGUGAAGCAGGCCAUCGAAAAACAAGAAAUGGAUUGGAAGUCAAAGUUUAUUCCCAAGCCUCCCCCAUUCGUCCCUCUGUACUUCGGCUGUGUUUACCGGGUGGCCGGCACAAAUUCCGUGGAGAUAACACCUGAUGAACACAUGCCAUUCUUCUACAACAGCCCACAGAAGCAGCAGCUCUUUGUGGAGAUCUACAUCAGGAACACGGAUAAUGACACUGAGCUCUCUCUGAGAAACACACGUGACCACGUCAGGGUCUGGAAGACGUUACUGCGAUCAGGUGAUAUAAAGCUUCCUCCCCCGGACUGCCACACUCCAUCAGGCGGGUGCAGGACAGCAGCUUCACACCCAGGCACUGCGGGAAUCCCAGCGGGAACAGGAUCGGCCUUUGUGAAGAAGAACAAGACGGAGCUUUGCUCCAGGAUGGUGCAGGUUCCCUCCAUUCUGCUACACCUACGGGAUGUAAACGUCAUUAACAACGACGAAGAAGAGGAGGUGCUCAGCCAAGAUACGAGUCAAAAGAAGAACCGAGUCUUGCUAGAGCUACUGGAGAGGAAAGGCGCGGAGGCCCAGGAACAGCUCUACCAGAUCCUCCGGAAUAAAGACCCGUACCUCAUCGCAGACCUGGAGAAGUCCAGCUAGGCCUGGGAGAGCAGGUUGCAUCUGCUCCCACUGCUCAGCGUGUGUUGGGCUCCAGUGAGCUCCAACUGCCUGGUUUGGCAUCCCUGCCCCAGGUUGGAAAUGAAAACUAAAGCAGCUUUAAUGAAACAAUAAUCUGAAAAAAGAAACCACUGCAAGUACACAAAACCAAUUCAAACUGCGCCUUGUGACCAAACAUCUCCACUGACAGAAAGUCCCGACUGGGCUCAGCGUCAGGCAGGAGCUCGACACGUGAACUGGGCUCAAGAACUGGGCUCGGGAACACGUGGAUGGGUUCAGGGCGGGCAGACAGAUGAGGGCCUCCCUGAACAUCACCUGUCAAAGAAACGGGGGUGAUCCUUGUGAUCCCUAAGCUUUUAUCCCAAGUAUGACGUGUAUGGCAUGGAAUACUUCCAGGAUCAGGUUUGGGGCACGUGUCCUGUCUGCCCCUCCCUGCAGGUGCCACCGCAUUGCCACCAGCUCUAGGGUGGUCUUGAUUUCCACAGGAAUAGGGCUGAGCACUGGCCUCUCACUGCAGUGUUCCUGGAGAGAACUAUCGGGCUCACCACCUCCAGGGUCAGGCACUGCCUGAUAUACGCCUUGGUGACUUCCAGAAGCCAAAGUCACUCAGAAGAGGCUUAGCUGGAAAAUCAGAGGACGUCUUUUAUCUCAGCGCAGAAUGAAAGAGCUGAACCUCCUGGCAGAGCUGUGGGUGUCCAGCCCGGGAGAGCCACCACUCCUGCUCCAUCGCUCCGCUGACAGGAGCCAUGGAAGGGCCGUCGGGUUCACUGUC